CUAACUUCUUCGGAUAGGGGGGAGCAGAGAAGCAGAGAGAAGGUCCUGAUCUGAUUCUAGAGGGCAUUGAACUUCCCCGUGUGUUUUGAAGAGUAAUAAGGAUUUUCUGUUGUGGAAGUUGUUGUAGAAACAAUAUUUGGGGUAGGAUUACUUUCACUACUGAUCUUCAGAUGAACUAGAUUUAUAAUUGCUGAAGUAGUUGUAGUUGAAGAAAAGGGGUUAAAAGUUAAUGGAAUAUAUUGGUAGGGGUGAACUAAUACUCUGGAAUGAAGAAUGCUACAUUGACAUUUGAUGUGGCCUCUUAUGUGGCCUGGAUCUGGGUUAUUUUUAUUUUUUGGAGGAAGGUAAUGUGGGUUUGAUGUGGACUUAUGGAGGUGGUUUUGGAUCCAUGGUUGGACAGGGGGAGAAGUAUUGGUGUUGGUUGUGGUGGUGUUACUGGAGGUGUUGCAGAUCUGUAGCAGUUGGUGCUCUGGAAGAGAGGAAGUUUGAAGAUGAGUGAAAGUAGCCGCAGCCCGCCAAGAGAACGCAAGAUCCGCUCCGAACGCUCCUCGUUUCGUGAUGCUCCAUACAAACGGGAUUCUCGCCGGAGCUUCAGGCGACCGGAACUCUGCAUGAACUGUAAGAGGCCUGGACAUUAUGCUAGAGAAUGCCCUAACGUUGCAGUCUGCAACAACUGUGGCCUUCCUGGGCACAUUGCAGCGGAGUGCACUACCAAGGCCCUAUGCUGGAACUGCAAGGAGCCUGGCCAUAUGGCCAGCCAAUGCCCAAAUGAAGGCAUCUGCCACACCUGCGGGAAGUCCGGCCACCGCGCGAGAGAUUGCCCAAAUCCUGAGCUUCCACCAGGUGAUCUGAGACUCUGCAACAACUGCUACAAGCAAGGUCACAUAGCUGUCGAUUGCACCAACGAGAAAGCCUGCAACAAUUGCAGGAAAACCGGGCAUUUAGCUCGCGAUUGCCCAAAUGAGCCUGUUUGUAAUCUAUGCAACAUAUCAGGUCAUGUAGCUAGGCAGUGCCCUAAGGCUGAUGCCAUUGGAGAUAGAGGUGGAAAUUUCUACCGCGGUGGCGGGGGCGGCGGAGGAGGAUUCAGAGAUAUCGUCUGCCGAAACUGUAAUCAGCUCGGUCAUAUUAGCAGGGAUUGCAUGGGAGGACCUAUUAUGAUGAUUUGUCAUAACUGCGGUGGUCGCGGUCACUUGGCUUACGAAUGCCCAUCUGGGAGGUUCUUGGAUCGCGGUCCUCGAAGGUAUUGAUCAAUAUGCUUUUUGUCAAAGGCUCCCACAGAUUUGGACUCUUGGUUUAAUGGUUUGGUGGAAUUGAGAUUCAUAAACAAUUCAGUUUCCUUUGUUUUCUAUCCUUCUUGGUCAUGCAAGUUUAUUUUCUAAUUGUGUUUGGUGACUUUAAUACUUGAGAGUUUAAAUUUGUUCUGAUACUUGAUAUGAAAUAACUUCUCUACUAUUCUAGAACUUAAUUUUUCUGCUUGCAAAGUUUAUUGUCUGUGUUUAUAA